UUCAGGCACGUAGACAGACAGCUAUCCCUGGCGCGGGUCGAUGACGUCUCACCCGGAAGCGAGGGCCUUUUCUCUCUUCGCCCGCUUCAAGGUGGUGGCUGGGUAGCGUGCGGUACCGCGUAAGGCAGAGCAGAGCCCGGCUUCGGGGGUUGGCGCAGCGGGGCCCUUCCCUCGGUGCCAGCCAGGAUGAUGGUGGGUAAAACCAGCGCCAUCGCCGCGGGCCUCUGCGGGGCCCUCUUCAUCGGCUACUGCAUUUACUUCGACCGCAAGAGGCGGAGCGACCCCAAUUUCAAGAACCGGCUGCGGGAGCGAAGGAAGAAACAGAAGCUUGCCAAAGAGAGAGCAGGGCUUUCCAAGUUACCUGAUUUAAAAGAUGCUGAAGCUGUACAGAAGUUCUUCCUUGAAGAGAUACAGCUUGGCGAGGAAUUACUAGCACAAGGUGACUAUGAAAAGGGUGUUGACCACUUGACAAAUGCCAUUGCUGUGUGUGGACAGCCACAGCAGUUAUUACAAGUCCUACAGCAGACUCUUCCACCACCAGUGUUCCAGAUGCUUCUGACUAAGCUCCCAACAAUUAGCCAGAGAAUUGUAAAUGCACAAUGCUUGGCUGAAGAUGAUGUGGAAUGAGAAAUCGCACCACAGUGAGGGAAAAUAAGUGUUUUCUUAGCCCAGAAGAUGAGCAUCAGUGAUGGGAUAAAAGGGGCAAAUAUAGUAGUUAAAGAAGGAUGUACCACACUGAAAUCUACCAGAGUUAAUUUUAACUUUGUGUAGGUGGGUUUGGCUGGAUUUUAUUUAUUAUCCUAGUGAAAAGUGUAUUUUGAUAAAAAAAAAAAAAAUCAUUUUAUAAAUACACUGAGUUAUCAAAGUAUCACUAUCUUCAUUUAAUACUAAUAUGCAGUUGUAAUGUUGUACAUAUAAAGACAUAAAGCUACUACAUAUUAAAUACCCAAUGCUCAUUUUUGAAAAUCAAAAUUAAGGCAAUAAAGAUUUAUCUGUG